GGGAUCCCUGGACGCCAUUUUUAGAACCUUUUGGAUAUAAACUAACGGAAUUUCAGUUCAGUUCAGUUUGUUGAGUGCUGAACUGGAAUAAUAAAAAUGAUAAUUAUUGCUCAUAGUUCACUGCAGGACACCGCGGCGGAAAUGCAGAUCAGUCAGUGACCUCUGACCGGCGGAAGUAAACAAAACCAUUCAACUGUAAGGUGGAUAUUUAUUAGAAUACGAAAACUUGUUUUUUAUUUACAUUCUGCACCCCAUUUCGUAGGAAUUUGGAAAUUUGGAAAGAUUUAUUUCAGUAGCCUGUUCUAGGCGGUGCUAGUACUGAAGCUGAGCUGGGCUAAAGCAGAUAAUUAGCCAGAUUAUUAUUAUUUUUAUUCCCUCCUGUGAUACUGCAAUGAGUUCUUCACCGACCAGAGACACGUCUUUCCUAAACGCAGACGAAGCGUCUGCUAUCGAGACGGCAGUCAGGACGGCGGUCAUGUCCAUCCUGAAGGUUUUCUGCGACGUCAGUGAGAAGAGGUCGCACGGCUAUGAGGCGAAGUUAGCCGAGGCGCAGAGAGAAAACGCAGCGCUCAGGUUUCGCUUAAAAGCAGCCGAGUGCGAGCUGCAGACCUUACGUCACAUCUCUCCUUCUGAUUACAAAAUCUCAGCUGAGGUGAGCUUCAGUACAGACGGCCAUGAAAGAGGACAAGAACCGGCGUCUUCCCAGAGUGUCUCAGAGAACAACGCCGUCCUGGGGCUAAAGGAAGAAGAGCCUUUUUACCACACCAAGUUGUUCAUAAAGGGUGAAAUGACAGAGGAGUGUUCUGCAGUGAACUUUGAAUACCCUGUUAUUGAAAACGCGCAAAUGCAAACACACAACAACAACAUCAACAUCAACCACAUCCACAAUCACUCAGUUAAUCAAGAUCCAGUUUCAACCGGAUCAGAGAGAAGGAGAAUGACACGGUACGAGAACGUGAGAAGGUACAGAGAAAGGAUUCGGGCUGAUCCUGAGAAAUACCUCGCCUGGAAGGAGAAGAACCACUUGAGAGGGAGGAGCUAAGAAGUGAGGAAGGGAAGAAAGGAAAGGUAUCUGCAGAACAGAAAGACCAUUAAUGAAAUGCCCGAGCCCAUGAAGAAGCUGCAGAGGAAGGCUUGGAGAGAAGCUACAAGACGACACCGUGCAAAAAAACUGGCUCAAGCUGCUUUUCCUGCUACAUCCAUGUCACAAACACCCAGCCUGUGACCAGGACAUUUUUUUCCUUUAGACUCUCUGGGCAAAAAAUGCUCUCUGGGCAAAAAAGUUCACCCUUUGUAUAUGUGUAUAUAUGAAUAAUUGUGUAAUUGAGUUGAAUGAAAUUUGAUAAUGUGCUCAUAAUCCAGAUUAAUUUUGUGAUGAAUAAUUUUGAGACAUGCCCAUUUGCAUUUUUAAAUUAUGUCUAACCCUGAGUCUCAAUUCACCUCCUUAUACUAUGCCCUAAAAGUAUGUACUCCUUUUGUGAAGAAAAAGUACAUACUUUUGAUUGUGUAGCUGAAGAGUAUGAAAGUACUGGGACAUAUUAACACAUCAUGUAAUGGAAGAAAAUGUUGUUGCCCAGUUACGCACACUGUCACCGUAAACAAACAGCUUUUUUUCAUUCAUUAUUCCUUAUAUAAUUUAUACAAUAUAAUUUAAUUUACCAUCCCCUUGAUUUAUUUUUCCACAUUUCAUUUACAUUUCUCUAAAAUGCAUCCUUGAAUUUGGCGAAGCAAACCAUCACAAAACUCCUCCUCCAUCACACAAGGAGUUAUGGGUAAUAUUAGCUGAAAAAGUGUCCACAGAUCCAGAUUUCAAAAAUAUACCAGAAAUAGUAGACCAUCCGGGUAUCUUUGGGAUCCUCAUUUCAAAAUACUACGAUUUGGGAUGCACUAAUUCUAAUCUCGGAUACUUUUUAGGAUGGAUUAGUAGGUGAAUUGAGACGCAACAUGAGGUUUUGUUGGUGCAGUGGACAUGAAUACAAAGUUAUGGUUUAGACAUUAAAUUACACAAAUAAAGUAGCAUGUCUGUCA